AUGGCUCGGCGCGAUCCGGGUCAAUGGGGGCUCUCUCCAUCCUCCACCUUCCUCUCCUCUCCCUCCUCGUAUAAAACCAACCACCUCCUCCCUCCCCUCCCUCCUUGUUCACAAGAAGCUCGCACAAGAACACAAACACCACGCCCCUCCCUCCCUCCCCCUCCGAUCAGACUCUCUACUCCACAACAGCAGCAGCAAAUCUGUGUCUUCGUAUCUAGGCAUCGAGGCACAUACACGCACUCGUGCGCAUCGGUCCGUGCAUCUACCGGCGGCGGCAUGGGGAGGUCCCCGUGCUGCGAGCAGGCUCACACCAACAAGGGCGCCUGGACCAAGGAGGAGGACCAGCGGCUCGUCGCCUACAUCAAGGCCCACGGCGAGGGCUGCUGGAGAUCACUCCCCAAAGCCGCCGGUAACGAUCACUUCGCAGGGUUGCUGCGGUGCGGGAAGAGCUGCCGGCUGCGGUGGAUCAACUACCUGAGGCCGGACCUGAAGCGCGGCAACUUCACCGAGGAGGAGGACGAGCUCAUCAUCAAGUUCCACGAGCUGCUCGGCAACAAGUGGUCGCUGAUCGCCGGGAGGCUGCCGGGCAGGACGGACAACGAGAUCAAGAACUACUGGAACACUCACAUCAAGCGGAAGCUCCUCGCCCGCGGCAUCGACCCGCAGACCCAUCGGCCACUCAAUGCCGCCACCGCUCCGGCACCGCCGCUGCUGCAGCAGAAGCAGUACCAGCUGCAGGCGAAAAAACUGCAGUUGGCCGCUGCUCCAGGCCAUCACCAGCAGCAAGACCACUUUGCCGGAGUUCUCUCCAGCUCGCCGGAGGCGUGCAGCCACAGCAGCGACGACGAGCCCCGGUCCGCCACGCCGCCACCCCCGCCCCCGCCGCGGCGGCACCUCGAUAUCGACCUCAACCUGUCCAUCAGCCUAGCGCCCUACCAGCCGCCGGAGGAGUCCAGCAAGCCACUGAAACAAGAAGCGGCGGCGACAACGGCAGGCAACAAUGCGACGGUGUGCUUGUGCUUGAACAGCCUCGGGUACCGGCCGGGCGUCGAGUGCGCCUGCGGUGGCGCCGCCGCUUCCUCCAGGCAGGAGCAGUGGGCUCGCAAUCUUUUACAAGCAGCACCCUGCUACAGAGGCCAAUAGUGUAAGAGUGACAUAACUAAGGAGAUCAGGGAGGGGCAUACAUAGUUAACUAAAAGCCACACAUGCUUAGCUCUUUGUAACAUGGUUUAUGAGAAAAUCUGCUCUUCUUUCGUCGUUUGCAUGCAGCCUCGGACAAAGUCAUCAUGCAUCCUCAUCAAAUCAUCUUGGUCACAGACAUAUAGAUAUAGUACUCCUAGUUCAUGACUUGUGCUAUCUACCUACUUCUUGUUUCUUGUCCUUCAACACCAGACGUGUAGCUUCCCUUCUUUUCAUGAGCAGUAACCAUAGGUGUCGUUCAUGAUGUUCAACUAGAUGCUAAGUCUACAAAUGCCAUUUAGGAGACCUUACAAAAUGCAUCACUCGUGGCUUUCCAAAAUGCUUCCCCUCUCACCUUGCCUUUGCAACUUGAUUUAGUUGGAUUUAUGUAUGGAUGUUCUUGACUAGCUGGCUAAAGAUUGAGAGAUAGGGAGAUGAUGAGGAGGAAGAAGAAGAUUAGCCUCCUUCAUGACUUGGCUGCGUCCGUGAUGACAGGUCAGUGAUUGAUUGUGUUGGUGGUUAUGGGGAGUUAGGUUCUUGAAUGUUUGCAAGCACAUGACCACUUUGUUUUUAGAAUUCAAAAAGGUUUGUCUUGUAGAGCGAGGGAAGGGAAGAGAGGGAGUUGGAAGCAUGUGAGAUGCCUCCCUUUGGUUGGUUUGGUAGGUUGGUAGAAGGGAUGGAAGAGGUGUCAACGGAGGGGAUUAAAGAGCCACGCAGGAGGGGCAUAGAUUGGAGAGCUUUUGGUUUCUUAAUGACCCAAUGGCCAGAGAAUGGCGUGUGUAAUGUCCGG